AUGUCUAAGGACGAUGCUUGUAAAGUGACGUCUGUCAGCAAACACAAGGAGCGCAAGCCUAAGAAGCCUCACUAUAUUCCCCGGCCAUGGGGCAAACCCUACAACUACAAAUGCUUCCAGUGCCCCUUCACCUGCAUGGAGAAGUCCCACCUGUACAACCAUAUGAAGUACAGCCUGUGCAAGAACUCCCUUUCCCUGCUCAUAGAGUCCGACUGGCCGUAUAAAAAGGGAAACAUCCUGCACCCAGAACAGCUACGACCCCUUCAGCAGGCACAUGGCCAUCACGCUAUCGGGAAAGAUGGAAUAGAGGUGACACGGACUGAAGCGGGACAAAGGGAUCGAAGGGCCGUGGAGGAGGAAGGUGAGGACAGGGAAAGCCAUGGACCAGAAGAUGAGGAAGAGGGAGCACGAGGAGAGGGAGCAGAGGUCACUGGGCUAACGAAAGAGAGCUCCAGUGACCGCAACAGAGGAGGCGCUGCAGAGUUCACUACCAAGAAAAUCAAACAGCCGGAGUCAGAGCUUCUGAUGGCUGACAUGCUCUCCCUGGAAGAUCAGCUUUUACGAGCACGCUCAGUAGAGGUAGAGGCCCAGCUGAAACACUAUAAGCUAUCCAAGACAUAUCUGACUGCUCCGAGUCUGCUGUCGGAGCAGUGGCGGCUGUUGGCGUCCAGCCACACUAAGGCCAAAGCUGAAGGUGCUCAGCCCCGGGUGAGUAGUUCAAUCCCCUGUUACCCUCCUCCGCCAAACCUGAUGGAUUACCAGGAUCCCACUGGACUCAACUUGUCAGUGCUCGGGGUGGGCUACCCCAUCAGCCCCAGCCUCUUCUCCUACAUGAACUCAGCUAUUCCCACUGCUGCCUCCGCCCAGACCCACGCGCAGCUCGCCCAGCUUCCCUUCCUGGCGUCGGCCGCUCAGCUGAUGCACCCGGCCUCCAGCACGCACGCGGAGAGAGCUCUUGUGCCCCCUCGCCUCUACUACCCCUUUCUGUACGAGCACACGUUUGGACCGGCCUCCAGUCAGAGCGAUGCCAGCAAAGUGCUCAAGACAUCAACAAACAGUCUAGAAGCAAAUCCCCCAUCUGGCUUCCAACCUAAAGUCAAUCUGUGGAAAGUGCCAGCUUUGCGGCCGGGGACCGCCGCUGUCUCCCCUGCUGGCUGGGUGUCACCUCAGAGAGAUUCCCCCGAACAGGGCUACAGGUUGGGGGAUAAACUGCCGGCUACAGCCAAGGAAGGCAAAACAAGCUGGGGCCUCAAGAGGACAGGGGCCCCACUGGUAAACCAUGAGGGACCUGUGGAGAAGAAGCCGGCCCUGGGUGGCUUCAGUUUGGACCUUCUGAAGAAUAUUCAGACUGCAUCAACUCUUAAUAUGACAGCAGACAAACUUCUCUUCCAUGGAAGUUUACAGGAUGCUCAGCUUCCGACCCGGCCCACUGAACUGUGGUACAACGAUCCUCUCACCAGUCCCAACAAUGAAACAUCCUCUCAGUCCACCUGUGGGGGACCCAACAGGCAGGACCCGACCGCUGCCCGGACAAUGGGGGAGGGAGCUUCAGAGUCAGUGGCUGCUCUCCUCAGUGACCUCUCCAAGGCCUUACAGGAGUACCAGGAGGCUGAGCGCAAAAUCUCCCACCUGGAGACGGAGGACCUUCCCGCUCAGCGCCAUCUCUGGGAACACCUGGGCAAGAUCCGCAGUGAGCUGUCCCACAUCCACCAGGCGCUGGAGCGGACUUCUCGCCAGAGCGACGGGCCCCUCGACCUAGAGGACAGCAAGGACAACACAACAGAGACCGAGGAGGAGGACGAGGAGCUGGAGGAGAAAAGGGAGGAAGAAGAGAAUGAGAGCGAGAGGAAAGCGAUGAAGGCGUCACUGGAGAGUCGUAAGCAGUCGUUGGACAUGUUGAUCAAGAUGAGUCAGGCAUCGGUGGUGAACACAGAGGUUCUCUCUCCGGGUGGUCUCGGCAUGAGGCCCAGUUCUGCUGAGGCCUUAUGGCAGAGCAGAACCACCAAGUGUGAGGCGGACUCCAGCGUCCUGCUCUGCCCCGACGGACGAUCAGUGGUGUUCACCGACAUCCCCUCCUCUGCCAAAACCCCAAAGAGGACGCCGUCCAUACAGCGACUAGAAGCCCAUCCUCCGAGCCCCCUGACAGCUACUGACAACUAG